AUGUCGAAUUUAAUUUUGAAAUUGGUUUUGUUUGCUGUGACCUUGGAAGCAGCACUGGCUUGCAAUGGCUACAAAGCCAAUCUCAUUAAGGCUGAGAAUUGUGCCGGGGACGAUGCCAUUAUUACCUUGGAUUCGGACUUUUCGGUUAAGCUCAAUAAGAAAUGUGAAAUUGUACCCUCUGGCUGUAUUAUAAAUAAAGCUUUCAAGACAGCUGUUUCCAAAUUCAAAGUGACCAAGGAUGGCAUGGUCAUUAAGGAGGGUAAAAUGGAUUUAUGCAGUAUGGCUGAUAAUGCACCUUCGGAAGUUAAGGAUUAUUUGAAAGUGUUUGGUGCUCCAGCAUCAUGCCCCGUUGAAGAGACCAAAGUUUGUGCCCAUGAUCACAAAAUCGAUUUGUCCAAAUACAAGGCCUUGUUGUCCGUUGCCCGUGGUCACAUUGUUGUUGAUUCGGAUAUUACCCACGAUACUGGCAAAUCCUGCUUCCACGUUGAAAUGGAAAUCACAAAUUAAUUUAUGAAUUGAGAAAUCAUAUUUU